UCCUCUGCCCUCAUUUUUCGGCGCUAUGAAGUUAUACCAACGUGCCUCACAAACUCGUCCAAGAUUCCGUGCUUCUAAAAAAUGAUCGUUUGUCACACAGCGCGGCGAUCGCCUACUACCUGCUCCGGAAGUACGCCCCCAAAUCUGACCUGUACCCCGAUGACAUCAAAUUACGCACCCACAUCGACCAGGCCAUUGCCGUCAUGUACGGAACCGCCCACGCCCAAGUGGCAGACUUUUUCCGACCUCGCAUACUUCUCAAGAAAAAGCCCAGCGCUGAAGAGCUGACUGCCUAUGAAGACAACGUCGUCAAGGCCAUCGAGAAGCUCAUCGGUAAUGGCAAGUUCGCCGUUGGUGACAAGCUCACCCUUGCCGAUCUCGCCAUCAUCCCCCAGCUGACACUGCCCCUUGAGGUGCCCAUCGUUGACCCCUCCAAGUACCCAAAACUUGUCAGCUACUACACACACACACACACACAGCUGCCUUACUUCGAGGAACUCUACGGUCCUGCCAUCAACCACAUAAAGCAGCAGUGGGGCGCACUGCAGUAAAGAGUACAACUUAAGUAAACAGCCUCAAGGAAGCGAAAGUGAACAUAAAGUUUUCA